AUGAGUGAGCUGUACGAUGGGUUACUCAAGGGCCUAUAUCGCCUUAGCGAUUCAAAUACGUCGAGUACUGAUUCCAAAUCACGUCUUUUACUAUCUUCUAUCAACAGGCUUAAAGCUUUGGGCAUACCAUAUUACCCAUCAACCUCAACAGAUCAAAUAGACAUACUUAACUCACAAAUUGAGGCGUACAAUCGCCUUUUUAUUGAACAACAGCCACUAGAUUCGCAAUUUCUGGCUAGAAGUGGCUGCACAAAAGUUACAGAUGAUGUGUUUGACAAUGAAGUUGUCGACAAUGAGAUUGCUGACAAUACGAUAUCAUUGAAUGAUAUAUUAACCCUUUCCUCAUCUAUACAACGUGGAAACUCUACUUGGGGUUGUUCUAAUGGUUGGAAAGAGUAUUAUAAUUAUUUACAAGAUUUGAAACUUAAAAGGUUCAUCAAUAACAUAGAUUCUGUAGCCCAUUCUCUGUGCAACAAUAAGACGCAGGGAUCCAGUAUAGAAAAUUACGUAUUUGAGUUUUUAAAUGUUAUAGGUAUCCAAUACACAACAGUUGAAGAUACGCUUAAGGCUUUGGAAUUUGUUAAGCAAAAGGCAAAAUUGCUCAAUUACCAAAAAUAUAUACACGUGCAGCUAUUUAUCCACUGUUUCAUAAAUCUAAAUGAUUAUACCACUCCGUCAUCCAAUAAAAACUUCACCAAGGAUCUUUUGGAACACUUUAAACACUUUUUCAACUUCCAUAAAGAGAGAAUGAAACGUAUAAAGAAACUUUCUCAUAGUAUUAGUAAACGCUUAACUUUUGCAGAUAGGAAACAAGAUCCCAGUACAUCGGCACUGCAAAAGGAGAGAUUAGAUGCGCUAAGGGCGCAUGAUGAGGAAGCAUAUAUGAAACUUCUUGAGCAUACCAAAAAUUCCAGAUUUUUACAACUCAUAAAACAAACUGAGGAAUACAUGCAACACAUACUAGAAUUGGUAUUGCAACAACGCCCAUCUGAACUUACUGAAAUGGUGAACGAAAUGCCAAUUGAAGAGGAUGGGGAUAACUCCGCGUACAAUUCGAUGAAAAAAAUUAAGCACAGGUACUAUACUUUGACCCAUUUGAUUAAUGAGCAAAUAAUUGACCAUCCCCCAUCUCUUGGUGGUAUGAAAUUGAGGGGUUAUCAAAUGAAAGGUCUUUCAUGGCUAGUAUCCCUAUACAAUAAUGGCCUUAAUGGCAUAUUGGCUGAUGAAAUGGGUCUAGGGAAGACCAUACAAACGGUGUCAUUAUUAGCCUAUCUUAACGACAUGAAAAAUGUAGCAGGGCCACAUCUAGUCGUAGCACCCUUAUCUACUUUGCAUGGAAAUUGGGAAAUCGAGUUAAAACGUUGGUUUUCCAGUUGCAACGUCUGUGUUUACGAAGGGUCAAAGGAAUGGCGUAGGGGCAUUAGGCAUAAAUGGCUUGGUAAUGGACCAAAAUUCAAUGUAUUAUUGACAACAGAUGCAUUUGUAAUUAGGGAUAAAAUUCAUCUGAGAAAAUUUAAUUGGGAGUAUCUAAUAGUCGAUGAGGCCCACAGACUUAAAAAUCCAAAUAGUAAACUUGUGAGGGUAUUAAACCAGGGGUUUAGGAUUAAAAGAAGAUUAGCAUUAACUGGAACGCCAUUGCAAAAUGAUAUACAGGAGUUGUGGGCAUUGUUGAAUUUCCUAAUGCCGCAUGUCUUUGGUAAUGUGAGGACUUUUUAUGAGUGGUUCAACGAACCCUUGUGGUCUCUCACCAAACUCAAAGAUGACAGUGAGCAUGUACUAUCUAUGACAGAAGAGGAGAAAUUGCUAAUUAUAGAUAGGUUGCACAAGAUUCUGAGGCCAUUUUUGUUACGCAGGGAAAAAUAUGAAGUUGCUGAUGAGGUACCUCGUAAAAUGGAGCAGCUAAUACUAUGCCCUCUGUCUGGAAUCCAAACGAAGCUUUACAAAAUGAUAAAUCAGACGCCUUCUGGAAAUAAUAAAAUGGUUCAAUUACGCAAAGUGUGUAACCAUCCUUAUCUGUUUUGUGGAUCAAUAAUACCAAGUGACCACACUUUAAUUACAAGCUGUGGAAAGUUUAUCAUGCUAGAAAAUAUUUUAUACAAAUUGAAGGCUGCAAAACAUCGUGUGUUGAUUUUUAGUCAAAUGACAAGAUUGUUAGAUCUGUUGGAGAUCUUCAUGACAAUGCAUAGUUACAAAUAUUUGCGCCUCGAUGGUAGUACAAACAGCGCCGAUCGUCAAUCAAGACUAAACAUGUUUAACGAAGUCAAUAGCCCUUACUUUGCCUUUAUUUUAUCCACUAAGGCUGGAGGACUUGGAUUAAAUUUGCAAUCAGCAGAUACGGUGAUAAUUUAUGACUCUGAUUGGAAUCCACAGAAUGAUGAGCAAGCACAAUCUAGGGUUCACCGCAUUGGGCAGAAGAGAAAGGUUCUGAUACUGAGAUUUAUUACACCAAAUACAGUUGAGGAGGCGAUACUAAAGUCCACAAGUACUAAAUUGGAACAGGAUGCAUUGGCUAUCAAGAGUGGCACUUACCAUGGGGAAUAUGUACAGGAUCACCAAAAUAGUGACAAAGUGAGAGAAAUACUCCGUCGGCAGGAAUGUCAACAGCUGUUCUGUUACAAAUUUGAUUCCCAUUAUUUUAAUGUUUUAAUGUCUCGUUCUAAAGAAGAUUUGAUGAUUUUUGAUUACAUAGAUGCAAAAUUUAAGGCCAUGGAUUAUUCAUCCCCAUUCCCCGUUGAAAUUUUCCCGCCUUCGUUAUAUACAUGGAUAAAAACCGCUUACAAAUACCCUCAAGUAAUGGAGGAUCAAUUGUCGCUUGAGCAGAUGCAGGAGGAGUGGGAGAGGGAAUACUCGAGGCAACAGAUUACAGCCGUGAAAUUGGAUCCAGAUGUUGUAAAAUCUUACAAUGAAGAGGCAGUUAAUAGUAUAACAAAUAUACCUUUGGAUUAUCCAGUGUCCAAGAAAGUUGAAUAUGACAACUCAACUCCUUGGUUGACAAUUAUGGACCAUGAUACGAGAUUGAUCGCAUUAAACAAGGGUAUACAACGUGCUGUUGAAGAGGCAAUUGCCAUGAAGCAAUUUGUCGAAUUCAUCAACUUACCCAAUGAGGACUUAUACCUCGAUUAUUAUAAAUACAUUAAACGACCUAUUUGCUUAAAAAAUAUGUUGGAUGACGCUAUUGAACAUAAGUUUACAAAUAUAGCUCAGUUGGAGAAGUGUUUGUCGCUGUUAAGUAGCAAUGCAAAAGAGUAUAAUGGAUCGGAAUCGCAGAUGUUUUAUAUGGUAUGGCUUAUACUAUCCCUGGAAUGUUCUGGAAUGGUAUUGUACAAGUCUAGAAAAUACGCUUGCCAAUUUUUAUCCAAAGAUGACUCAAUGUUUUUAAGUGACAGUGAGAAGAUUGUGGAUAAGAAUAAGUGA